UUUGCUCGUAAUUUGGGUGGACAGACCCUUUAACCGCCUUUAAGAGAUUUAACACACCUGUUAUCAAGUAACCUAAUGCUAGCUCAAUUAUAAAGUAACUUAGCUAACGUUAAUGAUAGCCGGGCCCCAACGUUUCCUUCGACGGUUAACUUUUACGUUAUUUGCAACCGAAGCCCGGUACUAUUUUUAUUUCAUUAAUUAUUUUUGUAACACGACGAAAAUGACAACACGGCGGACAGUGUGGCCACACUUUCCCCUCACGUUGCCCUACGAGUUGAAUGUUUCUUGGCCGUCAUUGGUGGCUACCAGUGACUAUGCAGGCGUGGCGGUGCCGUCGCGGGUGAUCCCUCAUUGUUUUUAUAGUCCGCUGAUUGAAAAGCCCAGUCCAAAAGAAAGCAGGACAUUCUUUCUGGACAGGUCUGUAUUUGAUUUGGUGGAUGCUCAUCCAUACCUUGCCUUAACUGACCCCAGGCUACUGGGUUGGUACCUACGUUUGUCUCCAGAGGACCGAAAGAUUAUACAAGAUGAAGGAGGGUUUCACCAGUUCCUGCAGAGACACCCUGCCCUAGAACUGUCCAGGCAUCAUGUCUAUGUGAAGUCAGAUAACAUUGGAAGUACGUGUCGUGUCCGGCCAUCCAUGACAUCCACCAAGCAUACAUCUACAAUGUCCGGGGCAAAGAAGUGUGGAAUGGCUCAUACACAUCUAGAAUGGGAAGGGCUUCCCAAUCAUUUGAGGGAGACUUUAACCCUGCUCGGCUGUAGCAACAGCAGGGAUGGAUCCCAGAAACAUCCACAUGAAGAAAUCGACAGCUUCCAAUCAGCCUCGAACAGCCCAACCACACAGGAACCAAACUACCAGAUGUUUUCUGAUUCACCUGCGACCCAGCUGAAUGAAGAAAGGCCAUCCUGGCAGAUGGACAGCAGUGCAGCUGUGUGUAAGGAUGGAGCAGCCCUGGCGAGCUUCUCUGUGGACAUGGAGCUGGAAAGACACAGACAGCGGGGACAGCCUGAACUCAUGAGCCAGACUGCAAUUACACAAGGCCAGAGUCCUAACUUCACAUACACUGAAGUCAGUCCAUUACAGUCAGAAUGGCCAACAGUUGAGACAGAGUCUCCUCCUGUACACACUGUAGCUGAAGAAGAUGAUGAUGAAGAUGAUGAUGAUGAUGAGGGUAGCUUAAGCUUUGAAGAUCGGAGUGACAACUUCCAUAGCAUCAUGGAGGACGAUAAGAGCAUACUUAUCUGUCUGGCCAGUGAAGAUGUAAAAGCGCAAAACAAUGGGAUUCUGUCAGGUCCAGUCACCACUAAUAGUGAAGCAGUGGCAGCCAGCAGUGAAACCUUGAAGUCUGAUCAGUCCGCCAUCAGGAUGGACACUGCAGAAAAGUACACAUCCCCCACGGCCGGCAUUACUACCUGUGACAUUUUGGUUGGCACUGAGCUGGCACUGUGCAUGUCUGCCUCCACCCAAACUGAGGAUCCAGCAACAUCUGACAAGCAUGUCAUUACUGAAGUCCACAUGGCAGACCUGGACUAUCUCACUGAGGAAUUUAUCAAACUCAAGAUGGCUAAAGAGCAACUGACAAAAGAGAAAAUGAAAAGUCUGGGUUGUAAAUUGAGAGAGGAAUGUGGCUGUACCCAGCGUGCUCAGCAAGCAGAGCUGUGCCUCCUGGCCCUGCAAUACAGCAUGUGCAGACAGCACUGCUGGAGACUCUACUGUAUCUCUGCUGAGGGAGGCCAGCUCAUCCCAAUGCCAAACAACCCACCUGCAAACAUUGCAAGUGUUCUGCAAAAACUGGAAUCUGACUAUAAUCAUAUGAGGGAUAAGAUCCUAGCAGGGGUUCCUCUGGAGCAACUUAAGCCUCUCUCUGUUGACUCUGAGAAGAUCGCCACAGGAGCAAGUUACAUCCCUGCACAGAUUGUUGGUGAUGUGCUGGGAAUUGUUCCAUCUUGGCUCUCCCAGGAACCUCAGAAACAUAACACAUCAGGCAAAGAAAAUGGAAGUCUCCAUAAUCAAAGCAGAAAUGGCUGCCAGCAAAGUCAGAGAAUGGAACAGAUGAAGAAGAAUAGCAAAGCAAGGAGAGCUGUCACUUUUGUCCCCCAGGAUAGAGAUACUAACCAUAAUGCAAACAAACAAGAAGAAAAGCAAGUGAGCAAAACAGCUGCAGGCAAAGAGCUCAACACAAGCGAGGCGUGGUACGACGCUGAAGAGGACCUGGACCCUGCAGGACCUGCAGUAGCUGCUGAGACGGGACAGGACCCAGCAGUGAUCACGAAAGGCAACACCAAUGAAUCAGCCAGUGAGGAGGCCAAGAGCUCAGUCCUCUGUGUUUCCAACCUGCCCAGUAAUGUGACAGAGAGUGACGUGAUGCUGUGGUUGGAGAAAUACCAUGCCUCUGAUGUCAGCAUCUCUACUUUAAAGAAUGAUUUGAGAGUUGCCAUAGUGAUGACAAGUGGACCCCAAUCUGCAGAGGCUACAGUGAGAGAGCUGAAUGGCUGCAGCAUGCAAGGCCAUAUUUUACAUGUGGAGCACAUCAACAGAGGCAUUGGUGGCAGCCACAGUCAGGCCUCAGCCUCCGUCAGUGGGCCUGAGUCUUCAGAGGACGCCACCAAACCACAAACCUCCACGGCUGACUCCAUCAGCACUGAGAGUCUGGUAACUCAGCCACCACUUAGCUCCAGCAUCAAGAACAGGAAGGUGGUCUGCAUCUCCCCCACAGCAAAGGGAACCUGCGUGCCCCAGCACUACGGCACCAUGGGCAGCUUUGACACCUUGAUGGCAGAGCUGAUCCAGCGCCACCCGGACGCUGAAAGGCAGAGGAUUGUGGACGCUCUGAUGGAGCUGAAGGCCAAGCACCAGGGCGUCCUCAGCGGCCUGCCCCUCAGGACCAUCAGGGACAUGACUUCCGAGCUUCUGACCAGGCCAGCGAGUGCCACACAGUUAUAAGAAAUGCUCAGCACUUUAAACGUUUUUGAUUUUUGGAAGUUCUUUGUUAGAAUAGUAUCCCAACCCCUCAAGUUUUUCUUUGUGACUCAAAUUUGAAGUUGCUCUUAAACUUUGUUACAGUUCACAAUAGUGUGUGUUCUUUCCAAAAGUGGGUACAUUGAAGGAUUGAGGGCUUCAUACAGUGCCGCCUCUGUCAGUUACAUUUUUUUUAGAAAGAUUUCUAAAAUGUAGUUAAAGGUUGCAUGUGGUUGUAUAUGCAGAAGCUUUGUUUGUACUAUAUUUUCUCUGUCAAUAAAAAUAAAUCAUUGAAA